AUGGUGUUGCUUAUAGCAACCGGCCUGGCUGGACUAUUCGUUCUCUAUAUGUGGCGUGUUAACUCUGCGAUGAAAGUAAUCCCCGAAGAGGCACAGAAACUAUCACCUCAUCGCUGGACGAUCGAAGAAAUCGAAGCAGCCUAUAGAAAGAGCCUGGAAACCCCCAUUGAUGUGACCAAGAGCCUGCCUCCAAAACAAUCCCGACGAUAUGUGAUCGUAGGCGGAACUGGUUUAGUUGGCGCUUGGAUAGUCUCGCAUCUCCUCGCACGGGGUGAAGACCCCAAGGCCAUUCGCAUUCUAGACCUGAACUCCCCAGAGCAGGACAUCCUCAACAAAGGCGUGAGCUGGACUAAAACCAAUAUCACCGACGAGCUCGCAGUAACAACAGCAUUCGAAGAGCCAUGGGUUGCCAAUGUCAGAAUCCUUCCCCUAACAGUCUACCACACUGCAGCCAUAAUCCGACCCCAAGAUCGAUUCAAAUGCUUCCUACCACUCAGCAACAAAGUCAACAUCGACGGCACACGGAAUGUCCUGAACGCCGCAAGAGCCGCCGGCGCCACAGCCUUCAUCUGGACAUCCUCAGGCUCCAUCGCCCUGCACCGGCCAACUUUCUGGAUCGCGCCGUGGGCGACCCAGCCCAAGCGCGUAGUUCAAGUAGUCAGCGACAGCACCAAACUGCCCGAAUCCCAUGAUCAAUUCUUCAGCAACUACGCCGUAACCAAAACCGAAGCAGAGCGUCUCGUCCGCGCAGCAGAUGAUCCAGCAACAAACUUCCGCACCGGCUGUAUCCGCCCUACAAACGGCGUCUAUGGUACAGGCGGCCAAGACAACAAUGUCAUCACGGGUCUUUACCUCCGCAACGGAGGCUGUCCGACCUGGGCUCGCCCGAUCCUGCAAAGUUUCGUGCACGCCGAGAACGUCUCACUCGCACACCUCUUGUACGAACAGCGUUUAAUUCAGCAGAGCGAGCCUGGUUCCCGGCUCCCGAAUACAGGUGGCCAGGCGUUCACCGUUAGCGACCCAAACCCGGCGAUCGCGUUUGGUGAUUUGUACACCUUGCUCGAGACGUUGUCCAAAACACGUAUUUCGUUUCCGGAGGUGCCGCCCGUGCCGUUCUUAGUGAUGGCGUAUUUUGUUGAGAUGUAUGCGUUCUUGCAGUAUAAAUAUCUCUCUUGGUUGCCGAAGUUGUCGGGGGGCAUUGCGCAGCUUCAGCCGUCGGUGUUUUCCAUUGUCAAUGUUCACGUGUUUGCUGAUGAUUCGCGCGCGACGCUGGCGCCUGAGAUGGGUGGGUUAGGAUAUAACCCGCCUCUGAACACUAUUGAUGGUUUGUGUCGGCGGCUUGUGGAUUGGAAUACGGAGGCCGAGGGGAAGGGGAUUGAGGCCGUGGGGAAGAAGAUGGGGCUGGGUCCUGUGAAGGUUUCGGAUGGUGUUGGCGUGGUUGCGCCGAUGGUGUUGUGA